AUGCCACAGAUAUUGUAUGGUUCUGCUCCUGAAAUUAGCACAAAAGAACAAGCUGCUUUUUACCAACAGAUGUUGCCAAAUAUGAACAUUCAGUACAGGAGAAUUUCUCAGUUAUUGCUAUAUUUCACAUGGACAUGGGUUGGGAUGUUGUUAGUAGACAACGAAAGUGGUGAAAUGUUUCUGCGCAGGGUGCUUCCCAUGGCUACCCAGAGUGGCAUCUGCUUUGACUUUGUUGCAAGAUUUCCCAAACCUGUUAAUUCAGAAAAUCUGAAAAAGAUGGUCAAAAUAGGACUUAACAUAUACAGAUUGGUUAUGAAAAGUGAUGUCACUGUGGUGGUAGUUCACGGUGAAAGUGUUCAUUCAGAGAAGGUACUGGGAUUCAAGCAAUUUGUUCAGAUGAGAAACCCUAUCUUGGAAAAGGAAGACAGUUUUAUCAAGACCUUCUGCGAAAAUGCCUUUGGGUGUUCCUUCCACACAUCUGUAAUACAAAAGGCAAAUGGGGGCACUUGUACUGGAAAGGAGAACCUGGAGGUCCUUCCUACAUCUGUCUUUGAUAUGGAAAUGAGUGGCCACAGCUACAGUGUCUACAAUGCUAUCUAUGUAGUGGCACAUGCUUUGCAUGACUUCUAUUCCUCUAUAAUGAAAUACAGAGAAGGGAGGAAAAUCAAGGGAAAACUUUUGAAUCAACAUUUAUGGAAGCUCAACUACAUUAUCCAAAGGAUUGCAUUUAAUAAUAGUGCUGGGCAAAAAAUUGGGUUCAAUCAAAAUGGAGAAUUAGAGACUGGAUUUGAUAUCAUCAAUUGGAUCACAUUUUCAAAUUUGUCUUUUAAGAAAGUCCAAGUUGGAAGCAUAGACCUCAAGGACUCCAAUGAAAAAAUGGUCACCAUUUAUGAAGAUGAUAUUGUGUGGCCAAGCAGAUUUAACCAGACCCAGCCACUUUCACUGUGUAAUGGGAAGUGCGAUUCAGGCUACAGUAAGAUCAAAAUCGAAGGGAAACUAUUUUGCUGCUAUGACUGUCUUCGAUGUGCAGAAGGGAAGAUUUCUAACAGGGAGGACAUGGAUGAAUGUUUUCAAUGCCCAGAGGAUCACUAUCCCAAUGAGAAGCAGGUUUUGUGUCUCCCCAAAAUUGCAACAUUCUUGAACUACAAAGAAACCUUGGGAACAGUUAUGGCCAGUUCUUCUCUUUUCUUCUCUUUAAUCACAGUUGGAGUCCUUUGGAUCUUUAUUAAGCAUCAGGACACUCCCAUUGUCAGAGCUAACAACCGAAACCUCACAUAUGCCCUCCUUAUUGCUCUCCAGUUAUCAUUCCUUUGUACUUUGCUAUUCAUUGGGAAGCCUCAAAAGGCGACAUGUUUCCUUCGUCAAACUGCCUUUGGCAUCAUCUUCUCAGUGGCCAUUUCUUGUGUUUUGGCCAAAACCAUCAUUGUGGUUCUAGCUUUCAUGGCUACCAAGCCAGGGUCCACGAUGACCAAGUGGGUGGGGACAAGACUUGGCACGUUUAUAGUAUCCUGCUGCUUCUUUAUUCAAAUUAAAAUUUGUGUUAUAUGGCUGAUCAUCUCUCCCCCAUUCCCAGAUGCUGACAUGAAGUCAAUAGCAGAAGAAAUCAUUCUGGAGUGCAACAAAGGAUCUGCCUUCAUGUUUUACGGUGUCUUGGGUUAUAUGGGCUUCCUUGCCGUUGUCAGUUUCACACUGGCCUUCCUAGCAAGGAAAUUGCCUGAUGCUUUCAAUGAAGCCAAGUUUAUCACCUUCAGCAUGUUGGUCUUCUGCAGUGUUUGGUUGUCCUUUAUUCCAGCAUACCUGAGUUCGAAAGGAAAAUAUAUGGUUGCUGUGGAGAUCUUCUCCAUUAUAGCUUCCAGUGCUAGAUUGCUGCUUUGUAUCUUUUCACCCAAGCUGUACAUCAUUGUGCUGAGGCCUGAUUUGAACAAAAAAGAGCAGCUCAAAAGAGAAAAGGACAGAACAGCAUAA